AUGUCAACAACAAAUAAUACACCAACACCAACACCAACCUCAACACCACAAUAUAAUAAACCAAGUAUAUUAUCACCUGUUAGAUUAUUAGAGAAAUUAUCUAAAAUUGAUGAAGGUUCAAGAGAGAAUACACCAAUUCCAAGCACAGCAACACUAUUAAUGAUUACUGGUAUGCAAUCAAUUGGAAAAAAUCAAAAAGUUGCAGGUGAAAAAUUAACAAAGGCUUUAGAGGCAGCAGAGAAAAAUAAAAACCAAGAAGAAUUAGCAGCUGCAUUGUUGGGAUUGGGUUAUUUUUAUAUUACCACCACUGAUUAUGAUAAAUCCAUUCAAUUAUAUAAUGCAUCCUUGGCAAUCUGGAAACAAAUACAUGGUAAUGAUUUCAUUCAUUUAGCUGAUCUCAUUUUGGAUAUUGCAAAAAUUUAUCAAUGUCAAAAUAAUGAAGUUGAAUUCAAGAAAACUAUUGAAUCUUAUCAAACUUUAUUUAAAAAUAAUAAUAAAACCCCACCAACAACAUGUGGUUGA